AUGAUUUACUUCGAAGCUAAUGUAACUACAACGAUCCCUAAAAUUUCAGAGAUGUAUAAUGAUUCAGAACGUGACAAAUCUAAGCAAAAUCAAGAUAAAGGGAUGCAACAAACUAUACAAGAGUCUGCGGGGGAGCCACAAAGUUACCAAGAGAACGGUGCUGAGCAGCAGCAGCAGCAAUAUGGAAAUGAGUAUGGUCAGUAUCAAGCGCUGACUUUGCGCCAUUUCCAACAACGUUACCAAGGACAGCAAGCUCCUCCACUUCAGGAAUCAAAUCAACGAUACCCCCCAGACGAACAACAAUACCCCCCACAGCCACAACAACAUCCUCAAUAUCGUGAACAAUACCAACAGCACCCCAUUUUAUUUCCUCAAGAGCACCAUCAGGCUUUAGAUGAACCUUUUGUUCCUCAACAGCACCAUCAGCAACACCAUCAUUCGGGGUUCAAUUACCCCAGACAACUGCAACCUAUUGCUCAACCCCAGGGACACCACCAAAGCUUUUUUCAGGGUCAACAUCUGGAUCAGGAACGACUUCCAGCUGUGCAACAGCCUCAAGAAAGAACCAUGGAACAAAUCCCAGAGUCACGACCCUUGAGAAAGUUUUCACCACAAGAUAUCGAGAUUUUAAAGCAGUUGUUGGUCACGGGCGAAAAACAUAAAUGGAAACAAAUAACAAAGGAGAUAAAUAGAGCAUCAAACAAGAGAAAUGACAGGGAUGGUCACAUUCAAACUCUUAAGAAUGUCUCUCCAAUGUUUGUAACUAAGCAAUAUCAAAAUAUGCUAGGGCUUCCCAACGCAUCUUAUUUCGGAUCUGUUGGUAGUUCUUUGCCAUAUAUUGUUAGUCAAAACGGUUGGAAUGAUCUCAACGAAGAUCAGAAUUCCGAUUCGUCUGAUUGA